AUGCCUACCCGUUUCAAGAAACACAGAAAAUCCAGAGGUGACGUUUGCGCCGGUUACGGUCGUGUCGGUAAGCACAGAAAGCAUCCAGGAGGUCGUGGUAAUGCUGGUGGUCUCACUCACCACAGAAUCAACUUCAUGAAAUACCAUCCAGGUUAUUUCGGUAAGUUAGGUUUCAGAACUUGGGACUACAAGGCUCAACUCCACUACCGUCCAACUGUUUCCCUCGAAAAGAUCUGGUCAUUCGUUCCAGAAGAAGUCAGAAAGGACUGUGCUGCCAAGAACGACGGUACUGCCCCAGUUGUUGAUGUUACCCAACGUGGUUUCUUCAAGGUUUUGGGUCACGGUCAACUCCCCAAGCAACCAAUUAUCAUCAAGGCCCGUUACUUCUCCAAGAUCGCUGAAAAGAAGGUCAAGGCUGCCGGUGGUGCUUGUUUGCUCGUCGCUUAA